AACUCACCGCCCGCUGUAAAACCGAGUGUAAAACUUCGUUCUUGGUGCAAAAGUAAUAAGUUUUAGAAUUUUCAGAUAUAUAACUCGAAGCGGCUCCUCUACCAAAACGUAACAUGCCUGCCGAUGAAGGAAAAUUCGAUCAAGUGUUGUUCACACUGGCCGAUCAACACCCGGGCGGUGUUCCAGACCUACUUUCGACAAUCGCCGGUUUCCUGAACCGAAAAACAGACUUCUUCACCGGAGGCGAAAAAGGAGAAUGGGAGAAGCUCAUGUUGAAGAUUUUCCGAAAGGAGGCUGAAAUUGCUCAGGAAGUUGCAAGGAAGAAACGCGAAGAACGGGAAUCUGCUGAGCGAAGGCGAACCGAAGCACGCCGGAAGAAGGAAGAAGAGGAACGACUUCAGCAGGAACAGCAGUCGGCUGCCAUCACGGAGCUCACCGAUGCAGAAGCGGAUAAGAUGCUGCAAGAAAUCGCUGAUGCGAAGGACACAGAAGUCAAACCUGAAUCGUCGAGUGCUUCCAUUCCGGAAGAGAAGAAAGACAAAGACGAUGACGAGGAACCGGAAGAUAAAGGCAAACUCAAACCGAAUCAAGGCAACGGUUGCGACUUGGAGAAAUACACUUGGACUCAAACGCUUCAGGAACUGGAACUUCGCGUGCCAUUCGAUGUCAAGUUCACUCUCAAAGCCAAGGACGUCGUGGUAAACAUCCAGCGGAAAUCGCUAAAGGUUGGCCUGAAAGGACACCCACCAGUUAUUGACGGCGAACUGCAUGCAGAAGUGAAAAUGGAAGAAUCGCUGUGGCAUCUGGACAAGAACAGCGUUGUAGUCACGCUGGACAAAAUCAAUCAGAUGAACUGGUGGGAUAAACUGGUGAUAACCGAUCCACAAAUCAACACGCGAAAGAUCAAUCCCGAAUCGUCCAAGUUGUCGGAUUUGGACGGUUCUACGCGUGGCAUGGUCGAGAAGAUGAUGUUCGAUCAGCGGCAGAAGGAAAUGGGUUUGCCGACCAGCGAUGAACAGAAAAAGCAGGACGUGCUGAAGAAGUUCAUGGAGCAGCAUCCGGAGAUGGACUUUACAAAAUGCAAAUUCACUUAGAUCAGCUGAAUGAAGAUAGAAUAGUCUUAGUUCUUAACACUGAUGAUAAACUACAAUGCUGAACAGAUUAGUGAUAACUUACUGGUUUAUGUUUCAUCUCCUAUGUGGGAGUGAUGUAAGCUUUAAAUGAUUUUCAUUAAGGUAUUAUAUUGUAAACAAGAAUCGAGUUUGGAAUGAUAUGAAGUGAACAAUUAUGCAUUCAUUGUAAUUAUGAUCGACUCAAAUACAAAAAUUGAUUGCUGGACACUAAUUU